CUGAUACAGAACAAGUAAGGAAGGGCUAAGUUCGGGUGUCACCGAACAUUUUAUACUCUCGCACGAUAAAGUGAUAAUCGAGAUUUCAUUAUCCGUCAUUUACAUAUUUUUCAAAUACCGUAUUUGUGUAAAGUUUUAUUCCGCUAUCAUCAUUGGUUCCUAAUGUACAUAUACAUAUAUUAUUAUACAUAUACAGGCAGGUUCUGGAAUUCACUUCCGAGUGAAUAUCUAACAAAUUCGUUUUCAAUCCGACAUUUGGUGUUCUGUGUUUCACUUUCACAAUUUCAAUUCCACAUUUUUUCUAAAAUGAAUUCCGAGUGAAUACGCAUGUUCUGGAAAACGAAUUCACAAGAAAAAUGUCGGUUAGCAUUCACUUCAGUUCGAAAUUGUGAAUUUGGUGCGAGCAAAUAUGGGUAAACAUAAGAAUGCGGAGCAGGAAGCGAUCCUUGUCCACUUCAUGGAGUCGCAUAAAGAUAUCGCUCGAGGCUUUGUUAAGGGUGACAAAGUAAAAGUUGAUGCCCUAUGGAAAGAGGUGGUGACAGAAUUAAAUCUUCAUGGUCCACCACAGAAAGAUAUUUCUGGUUGGAAAAAGGCCUUCAUAAGGAAAAAAGUUGCACACAACAACUUAGAAGCGAGGGCAACAGGAGGAGGGCCAUUUAACAAGCACAUCCUCACUCCAACUGAAGACGCAAUAGCCCAAUUAUGUGGUAUAUAUACCGUGGUGGAAGGUAUUCCCAGCACAGCAGACUUUGGUGUCCCUUCCGAAAAUUGCGAUGUGCCUUCAGAGAUUUCCAGCGAUGAUGACAAACUCCCAUCUACAAGCAAUUCUGCUCGAUUCCGAAGACGUGAGCCUAUGGUAACCGACCACUUAAGGAAUAAUAUCGGUGAGCAGACAGGUGCCUUGAAAAGUAUUGUAGAUGGGUUGCAAGAAAAUAUUGAGGCCACAAAGGAAAUUAACACUAGCAUUCAAUGCCUUUGUGAAAGAGUAAAAGACUUGACUGAGGAGAACAAAAGGCACCAUUUCGAAAUGGAGCGGCUGCGACAAGAAGAAAAUGAAAUGAAAUAUAAAGAGUAUGAAUUGACGGAGCUAAAAAUGUAUUUUAAAUACCAGUGCAAACCAAACAGUAAUCCAUAAUUUCCUCUUUUAUAGUUUUUUAAAAAGUAUAAACACAGCGAUGUUUUUUUUUACAAUAAUAACUUACCU